CAAUCUACAAUUUCGUAAACAAGAUAGUAAAAAUUAAAUCAAAAAAGUUUGAGGAAAAUAAUUUUUAUGCAUUUUGAAUGUAAUUUUUUUUUCUCGUUUUUAUUUUAUUAUGUGAGGGACCUGUGAAGUGCCAUCAAACAGUACUUGUUAGAGAACCACUGGUAACCCAUUUGACCACAUAUAAAGGUCCUGUGACCCUACUCGUUUUGUUUUUGUGACAGCAACUUUGGUAAUAUGUAGCCAAUCUUCCCAACAACGCUUACUUGCUUGAUGGAUUUCCUUUGAUUUUUCCGUGUGAUUUCAAAUACAUGUUCUUGUUGUCCAGUUUGCUAUGUUGUGAAAAUAGAGCAAAUAAGAGGUGUAUUUCACAGAGAAGGAAACUACAGCGUCCUCCUUUGUUGCGACACAAUGUGGCCUUGUUAGAUGCUGUGAUUUAAAGAAAAACUGCCACUGAAUCAUGGAUUUCACUGGAUUUCAUUAAUUAAAACAAAACUAUAUUUCUAUAUCUGUUUCAAUCCCCACCAGCUCUGAUCCAAUGACAUUUCAGUUAGAUUGUUUUUUCUAUUUUUGUUUUCUUCUCACACUUUUACUCAUAUUUUUUGAGUCAUUUAUCCAUUUCCACUUCUGCUUUUUAUUACUUUGCUUGAUGGUUAUGUUGAAAUAGUUAGGAUUGUGAUGUACUGUGUAAACAGAUGGGGAUUUGUAGAUAAAGAAGGGGCAUGGUUCUGAGAGCACACUGUUGACCCUUCUCAGGCUCACAGUCCCAACUCAACAAAACACCUGUUGUAAUGCCGACCUUCCUACACACUUACAACCACAUUGGUUGUGAGUUCAUUCAUUCAUUCAUUUUCUAUACCGCUUUUCCCUUUCGGGGUCACGGGGCUGCCGGAGCCUAUCUCGGCCACUUUUGGGCGAAGGCUGGGGAUGCCGUGGACAGGUCGCUAGUCUGUCGCAGGGUAGAAUAUCCACAAUCACACGUCCAUUCACUCUCACAGUCAUAUCUAUGGUCAAUUUAGAGUUGCCAAUCAAACUAUGAAGCAUUUUUUUGGUUGUGAGUUGUCUAUCAAAAUCCUACAGGGAAAUAGUAUUUGAAUCACAUACCUAAUGUGUUUGAGAUCUACCAGUGCUUCAGAAUGUCAUUUCAAAUUGCUGCUUUUAGCUUCUAUUAAAAUAUUUGUCCUUUACGUUAUUUACAGUAUGUUUAUUUGUGCACUUACAAUGCAAAGAACAUUUUAAAUGUAAAUAUAAAGCAUAAACGUUCUGAAUCAGCUGUGGCUCAGAUGUUUUCCUGUGUCAUGAGAGCACACAAAGCAAUGCUUUAGACUUUCCUUUUUGAGAACAAUAAUACUUUUUGUUAACAUUCUGGAAACAUUUAGAUCAAUUGAUGAAUUCACAUUUUUAAUAGAAAGAUGUUUUGCCAAAUCAUUGCCAGUGUCUGUAUGAAACUUAGUAGCUGAAUCCUGUCUUUUUAAGUUGCUCAUGACUUUUAGAUUGAUCUUUUCAGCCUAUAUGGAGCUUUUCCAAAGGACAGCAUGAUGUCACAUUGAUUGUUUUUCUUCACUUAUUAGAAUAAAAAGAAGCAGGAGGUGGUUAGACGUGGAGCACUCUGUCUUUGAUGUUUUUCAGGCUGCGUUCAAGCAUCAAUUGCACAAAAAUUAUGACUGAAUCUGCUUUCAUCAGGCCCUGACGAGAUGUAAAGCCGCACAAGAGUGUAAGACACAAUAGUCAUAGUGUGCUUUGCUUGAGAUCACACAACACAAUGAUGCCACCAUUUUCCAUUGGAGGCCACCAUUCUGUUGUAGAAAUUUCACAAAUGUCUAUUGUUUUAACCAGGUCUGCAAAUGUAGUAAAGGAAAAAAUACAAAUAAACUAAAAGAAAAUGCUUUUGAUGAAAAUGAAUUAAAAGGGAGGAAAAAGUAGAUUUUUUUGCAAAUAGAGUCCAUCAUCACGUUUAAACAUCCCCAUUAGGUUUUCUCUUAUUCCAGGUUACUUUCAGAUAACAUUGUACACUUGUUAAUUGUGAAGUUUGCCUGAUGACAUAAAAGAAAGAUGGGUUUCAGUUGGCUUAAAUAAACAUCAGCUGAUGCUUUUUUGUGAAUUGUUUGCCUCCCAUUAAAACCUACCGACAAUGGGACCUCAUGAGAGCAGGCACAUGUGGCACACAAAACCCUGUAAACACAACAGUAUGGGACCAGUCCAGGUGCUGCACCAGCUUUUGUCAGAGUUUAAAAGGCAGCAAUGCAUUUUGACACACAACGGUUAUGUCUCAUCCUCUGUUUACCCAUAACUGUUUGUUUAUACUCUCCAUUCUUUUGUGUGUUAUGUGCUUCAUGAAGUCAUCACCCUGGGCAAAUGUUCUGCACAGAUUGUCUGAAAUGUGUCAUGUUAUAUAGUAGUUGUUUGUAUGGUGAUGCCAUAUUUGUACAAAAGGUCGAACAAAUGUGUUUUAGAGUGGAACAACUUACAUUUUUAGCUCUUGUAACUUUCCUGGAUAGAUAUAGUUGUAAUAGUUAUUGGUAUGUCUUUGUGUGCUACUGAGGCAUGUUUUCUUGAACUGAGAUUAUUUUGUGAUUGAAAAACUUCUUACUUUCUUAAGAUUCUGUUUUAAAGACAACCUAAUUAAUACAACACUUUCAAAACAGCAGCAAUUGUCCAAAGUAUGGCAGAACUGUUGCAGUAAAAUGAUGUUUUCAGGUCCAUUAAAAAUGGAAAGGAUGGACCACGCCUAAAUCUUUGUGUGCAUUGUGAGAUUUUUCCUUGAUAGGGGCAAAAUGUUUUAUCUUGUUGCUGCUUUCAAUACAGAUCCUGUGAAACUGGGUUAUUUUUGCUUUACAUGUGAGAAAGUGAUGAUGAAGCUACAAAUGUUGAUGGGUUGCAGAAUGGUGUGAUGGCUAACAGUUGGUUUGCAGUAGAAAGCAAGAGGUUUCCCUCUUAACAGAAAUCUGUAAGAUCACUUAAGAGAUCAGGGACUGAUCUCACUGCACUGUUGGAAUAAAAAGGGCAAAGACAUGAGCAAAAUAUUAAACAAGUCAUUUGCAAAAAUCUGUGGAGUUAACAUUUUUUUUUACUACAAUCUCUGGGACUGUGUUAAGAAAUAACACCUAGGAUUAAGAAGGAAAAAUAAGUUUUGUUUGCUUGACUACAGACGUUUAACCUCUUAGGACACAAGAUCAGAUUUGACCUUUUAUACAUGUAGUCACAGGGCCCAGUUAAGCAGAAUGAACUACUGUGGUAACAUACAGUAAAUGUCCACGCAUGUGGAUGCCAGGUCUGAGGAGGUUACGUAACCACAACUGGCACUGGUUUGUCAAACUGGUCCAGGGUAAACCUCAGCUAAUGCAUGACAGCAGCUUAAACACAGCAAGUGUAGAAAGUGCUCGGCAGCAAUUUUCUCUGUCUUUAGCCACAAUUCUAAAUAUUGGAAAAUAAUAUUAUCAAACAUAUUCAAGAAGAGGAUUUGCUUUAGGUAAAUUUACAGGAAUUUAUUUGAUAACAUUUGGACAAAACCCCCAAACUUUGUUCAGGUCUUUUGUGUUUUUAUGAUCUCUUUGUUCAGAUUCAAUUUAUUACCCGUAUAAGCAAAUUACUACUCUGAGAGAAAAGUACAUAUUCACAACAAUGGGAGAGUGGACGUGUGAUGGAAAAACAGCGUGGAGGGCAUUUGUUCAGUGCGUCACAAAUUAAGGGCGUGCUCCUCACAAUGAGGUCUAUAUAGUUGUGUGAUCUCUGCAUCUCCAGAGUUCUUUGUGAGGCGGAGCAGAUUCUCUGAAAAUGCAGGCGGAGGAAUACAACCGCAGAGGUAAUCACAACAUCCUUUCUUCUACCUGCUGUAGUUGUGGUAUUGCUGUAUGCUGAUAAUUGAGCAACGGAUGAGUGAAAUAAAUCUGAUGCCCUGCACAGGUAAGGAGAUGGUGGACUACAUCACUGAGUACCUGAGCUCCAUCAGGGAUAGGAGGGUCAUUCCAGAUGUGAAGCCAGGUGACACGCAAAAGCUUCUCCCUGACUCUGCACCCACUGAGCCGGAGGACUGGGAGAGUAUCUUCAAUGACAUUGAGAGAGUCAUCAUGCCAGGAGUGGUUCACUGGCAGAGCCCCCACAUGCAUGCCUACUACCCCAGUCUGACUUCAUGGCCCUCUAUGCUUGGAGAUAUGCUGGCAGAUGCAAUAAACUGCGUUGGAUUCACUUGGGCUUCCAGUCCGGCCUGCACGGAGCUAGAGAUGAAAAUGAUGGACUGGUUGUGUAAAGCACUGGGGCUUCCCUACUUCUUCCUCCAUCACCAUCCUGAUAGCAGAGGUGGAGGUGUGCUGCAGAGCACGGUCAGUGAGAGCACACUGGUGGCUCUGCUGGCCGCCAGGAAGGACAAAAUUCUGCAGCUGCGAGCUGAACUGGACCAGGAUGUAGAUGACUCGGUCCUCAACUCAAGACUGGUUGCUUAUGCUUCCGAUCAGGCUCACUCCUCAGUGGAAAAGGCAGGUCUGAUCUCUUUGGUGAAGAUCAGAUUUCUGCCUGCUGAUGAUCAACUGUCCCUCAGAGGAGACGCUUUGAAACAAGCCAUUCAGGAGGACAGGAGGAGAGGACUCGUGCCCUUUAUGUUAUGUGCAACUUUAGGAACUACAGGAGUGUGUGCCUUCGACAAGCUCUCUGAACUUGGUCCAGUCUGUGAAGAGGAGGCCCUCUGGCUUCACGUGGAUGCUGCAUACGCCGGCUCCGCCUACCUCUGUCCCGAGCUCCGCUGGUCUCUGGAAGGCAUUGAAUUUGCGCACUCCUUUGUUUUUAACCCUUCCAAAUGGAUGAUGGUUCAUUUUGACUGCACAGCCUUUUGGGUAAGAGACAAAUAUAAACUGCAGCAGACGUUCAGUGUUGAUCCGGUUUACUUGAGGCAUGAAAACUCACAGGCAGCCACCGAUUUCAUGCACUGGCAAAUUCCCCUCAGUCGACGAUUCCGAUCCCUCAAACUCUGGUUUGUCUUACGAUCCUUUGGACUGAAAAAACUCCAAGCUCAUAUCAGACAUGGGGUUGAGAUGGCAAAGCUCCUGGAGUCUCUCAUAAAAAGUGACCCAAAUUUUGAGGUUCCUGCACAGAGGCAUCUUGGCUUGGUGGUUUUCUGUUUAAAAGAUGGAAAUGCUUUAACCCAAGAGCUCUUGAGAAGAUUGACAGGUUAUGGUACCAUGUAUCUCAUCCCGGCAGAAAUCCAUACCAAACGCAUCAUCCGAUUUACCGUCACCUCCCAGUUCACCACUGCGGAGGACAUCCUUAAGGACUGGGCCAUCAUUUCAAAAACAGCUUCCACUCUGCUGGCGGAAACAAAGGCUUCAAGUAUUUCUGCUCAACCAAAACCAGGGAAGGAUGAGAUGAUAAGAACAGAAGACAACCAAGGGCUCCAUGCAGGUGAAGCAGCUGACAAGAAAGACAACGCAAUUAAACAGCUGGAAAAAAUUCAAGUGGAUCUCUGGAUUGAUAAGGCUUGGAAUCGUCCCAGGAGACCAAUGCGUUCUCUGAGCUGCAGCAGUGAACCCCUGCCAUUGACUUACUUUGGGUCAAGGUAUAACCAUGACUGCGAAGCACAGUCUGGCUUUAAAGACACUCCUGGUGGAGCCUGCAUGUCAUCAUUGACAGGGUGUGGUCCUCUGUCUAAGAUUCCUGAGAUGCCUUCAACUCAUGUAGCAAAGCAGGUACCGAAAAAGCUGACAAAGUUCUACAGCGUGCCCAGUUUCUGCAACCCGUGGGUCCAGUGUGGUCGGCCCCAGCUGUGCUGCCCCGCAAAGGCUUUCCAAGCGUCUCAAAAAUACUUGUCCGCGAGCAGCAGAGCAAAAAACUGCAUUCCCAACCCUCCUGUUAGCAGCAAGGCGCCCUGUACCACUCCAACCGGAGACUGCGACUGCAGCUGAGCUCCUGUAAAGUCCCUGAAUGCACCAGAUCCACACAGUUAUCCAGCAAAUUACUUUAUUCUGCUUCUGCACA